GGGGGGAAAAGGAAAAUAUUGAAGCAGCUAAUUCAUUUCCAGGUCAGAUGUUGGGAGUCGUUAGGAGAAAGCUAGCAUGUGGAGGUUUCCCCUCUUCGAACCGUCCUGUGAUAUCUUUUCUACCCAAAUGUUACUCGACCGCUGCAAAAGAGAUGACGGUGCGUGAUGCUUUGAACUCUGCACUUGAUGAGGAAAUGUCUGCUGACCCGAAGGUUUUCUUAAUGGGUGAAGAGGUUGGAGAGUACCAAGGUGCAUACAAGAUCUCCAAGGGGUUGCUUGAUAAAUAUGGUCCUGAAAGAGUUGUUGACACACCAAUCACUGAGGCUGGAUUUACCGGAAUUGGAGUGGGAUCAGCUUAUUAUGGUCUUCGACCUGUCAUUGAAUUUAUGACUUUUAACUUCUCUAUGCAGGCAAUUGAUCAUAUUAUCAAUUCUGCUGCAAAAUCGAACUACAUGUCAGCAGGUCAACUAUCUGUUCCUAUUGUUUUCAGAGGACCCAAUGGUGCUGCUGCUGGUGUUGGAGCUCAACAUUCACAGUGUUAUGCAGCUUGGUAUGCAUCUUGCCCUGGACUGAAAGUACUAAGCCCUUAUUCAUCAGAAGAUGCUCGGGGCUUACUCAAAUCUGCCAUUCGGGACCCUGAUCCUGUUGUUUUUCUUGAAAAUGAACUUCUAUACGGAGAAUCUUUUCCUGUGUCAGCAGAAGUUCUUGAUUCCAGCUUCUGUCUUCCAAUAGGAAAAGCUAAGAUAGAGCGUGAAGGGAAGGACGUUACAAUCACUGCUUUCUCAAGGAUGGUUGGGUUUGCUCUCCAGGCUGCAGAUAUACUUCUAAAGGAAGGAAUUAGUGCUGAGGUCAUAAAUCUUCGAUCCAUAAGACCAUUGGAUAGAGCCACAAUCAACGCUUCUGUUAGGAAAACCAACAGAUUGGUGACUGUUGAAGAAGGCUUUCCACAGCAUGGUGUCGGUGCUGAAAUCUGCACUUCUGUGAUUGAAGAGAGUUUUGGAUACCUUGAUGCUCCUGUGGAGAGGAUAGCUGGGGCUGAUGUUCCCAUGCCUUAUGCUGCGAACCUUGAGAGGUUAGCUGUUCCCCAGGUUGAUGAUAUUGUUCGGGCAGCAAAAAGGUCAUGCUACAGAGCAGUGCCGAUGGCAGCAACAGCUUAAUACAAAUCUAUAUCACUGGCAGGACUUCAUAUUAUUUUUUGUAGCUGCAAAUUAUCAAAUGCUACAACCUGAAAUUAAGCUGAUUUUGUAUAAAUAUCAGCUUUGGACUUGUCAUAUUAUUUUGCCCCUGCAACGUCUCCACUUUCCUUUAUUUUGGAUGGAAAUAAUUGUGGGUGUCUUUGGGGUUUCUUGCAAUCUUCAUAUAAAUAAAUUUAUUUUCCCUUCUUUAUGAAGUGGAAUGAUUUGGGCUGUCAUGGUCUGAGUGGAUGUAUCUUGCAAAUUUAUGAGAUGAAAGUUGCAUUCA